CCGUGAGGGGGAAGAUGGAGAGAAAAGGAAGGGGAAAUUUCCAUCCUUUUAGAGAGCUGAUUUAUGGGAAAAGAGAACCGCAAAGAGAGAGAGAAGAAUCGGAGAGAGGGAGAAGGUAGAACAGAGGGCAAUGGAGGAGGGAGUCGAGAUGGAAUUAUGAGGGAUUGAUUCUGGAGAAGAAAGUAGGAUAAUUUAUGGAUUUUGGGGAAAAAAUCGGACAGAUUAGAAGCAGACUUCAAGAGUCGAGAUGGAAUUGUAAUCGUGAGGGGAAGCGAGAUUGGAAGUGUAGAACUGAAUAGAAGAGGAGCUUUAAAUAAUUCAAGGUUUCAUUUUCGAUUUCCUCGUAUCAAUAAUUUAUGGCAUCACAAUCUCUCUUGUUAGAAUCUUCUGGCAUGGAUCCUCCUGCAACAGAUGUGGAACAUGUACCAGAGAAGAUUGAAAAUGGUAAAGAGGGGGGCCCUUCUUUCCGUUGUGAUCUUUAUGAUACAGAAGUAGUUCACAAGAUUGCUCAAGUUUUCCUCUCAGGAUUGGCUACUGCUUCUAUUGACAACACAACAGGUGACAUCUUCAGGAGUCCUGGUUCAGUGGCUGCUGAAAUUAGAAAAGAAAUGGUGGAUUAUCUUACCCAAAGAAGUGAAACGUUUGUUGCUGAACGUGUUGUCUUGGAAGGUGGUCCAGAGGCUGAAGCUUCUGACCAUCCCUUUGAUAUUAUUUCUGAUUUUAUUGAUGACUUUGCUACUACAAAGAGAAAUUUGUUUAGUCGGGUUUCAGGUUGGCUGUUGAGCGAAAAGAGAGAAGAUAAAAUAGAUGAUUUUGUUCAAGAGAUGGAAGUAAAUGGGUUUUGGUUGACGGAUCGGAGGGAAGGAAUUGCUCAAAUUUUGCUCAAGAAUGUAGACUUUAAGAAUGAAUAUCACUGCAGCAUCAAAUUUAACACUCCAGAACAACUUGCUGAGCACGUUCUCCACUGUGGCUACAGGCCUUUGAACUGCACCAAUGAGGGUUGUACUGCCAGAUUCUGUGCUAGUCAGAUGGAGAAACAUGAUUCAGUUUGUCCUUUCAAGAUAAUUCUGUGUGACAAAGUGUCCAAACGCAUAGAGCAGCUAGAAAAGUCAUCUUCUGCUCGACUAGUUAGAGGCCGUGAUGCGAGAUCUCUGACAUAUAUAGUCAAGGAUCUUGAUGCAAAGCUUGGGCCACUAGAAAUUAAACCCAGAAACAAGGUUAAUGAAGAAGAUACAGAGAAAGUUGACAUGACAGAAGAAGCUGAAGAAAGCAAAACUCAGGACCAGGUCAACAAGGAAAACACCGAGAAAUCUCAUUUGUUAGAAGAAGCUGAAAGCAAGGGUCACAGGAAGGCUAAUGAAGAAAACACGGAGAAUGCUAAUGAUGGAGAAGAACCGGAAAGCAAAGCUCAUAACCAGGUUAACAUAGAAAACAAUGCUUAUGUGGCAGGAGCAGCGGAAAACAAACCUCAGAAUGAAAUUAAUGAAGUCAAAGAGGGAGCUCAUGUGGCAGAAGGAGCCAAAGAUGAACCUCAGAUCAAAAUUAAUGAAGAAAAUACAGAAAAAGCUCGUGUGUUAGAAGGAGCUGGCAACAAAGACCUGAACAAAGUUGAUGAAGAAAACAAGGCUAGCGAAGAAAACAUGAAGAAGGCUCUUGUGCCAGAGGAAGCAGAAAGAAAUGCUUGACCUGAAGUCAGAGAAGAAAAUUCAGACAAAGCUCAUGUGUUAGAGGAUGCCGAAUCAAGAGUUCAGACCUCUUAAUACAGUGUGAGCAAACCCGAAAGAAGAAAUCUUUGAUUUUACAGAAAACUAACCAGAUAUGCAACUUAACCUCUCUUUCUCAUUACAUAUUCAAAAUUACUUUUGCUUGCUACUAGACAUCCAUCUAAAGUUAUGGAUGUCCUCGUUUUCUCAAUACCUAUUAGUAAUUUUCCACCUGAGGAUAGUCCAACUUAUUUCUUUAUAUAAGGUUAUAGAUGUUAUUAACUUACCAGAAUGUUUUCUCAAUUUUCCCCACCUCAGCCAGCAUUUUUAGUUGGCAGCUCUGCAAAAAAUAUCCAUAUUGUUCCCAAAUAUGCUUGUAAUUUUGAGUUAUUUCGAGAUACUAAAAACUUCAUUACUUCAUUUAUAGUUAAUCACAGUAAUUCAUGUUAGUUCUUA